UGGUGCACGUGUAUAUGACACAAAGCCUUAUGGAGGGGGAGACAUGGUCCAGGAGGAGGGGGCAGCUGACUAGUAUUAGACGAGGAGCAGCAGUUACCUGUGUGCCGGCCGCUCAGGCAGGGGAGGACCUCUCCUCCCAAUAUUCCCGGGACAGGAGGAGACACACGAUCAUCCCUGAGGACAUUGUAUCACUGGAGGCUCUUCUAGGGAGCCUUGGGGGGGCACAGGAGCAGGGGCACCUCUCAGUAAUCCGGAUCCCUGCUCUGGUGGGUGUCUCAGACUGGCACAGAAGCCCCUAGAUCUGUCUACUUGGGAACCUUCUCUGUCUGGUGGUCUCCUGGGGCUGAGACACAAGCCUCCAGACUGCACUGCAGGGUCCUAGCUGCCUGCGUUCAGCCCAUCUGGGACUAAGUUGUGUGGUGCACCCAGCCUGCACUGUCCCUGCUGUCAGCUGGAGAAGCCCUGUGCUGUAGAAUGAGUGCCCUACCUCUGCUGACUGCUGAAUGAUGAUGGAGCGAGGACGUGUGCUACGUGCAGGGGACAUGCUGACACUGACAUGGAUAGAGUGCAUCAGCUGGGGAAGUCCAUAAAGAGUGAAGCGAAGCUACCAAGCCAGGACCAGGGUCAGCCCAGAGUGGGAUCUGCAUUACUGGGCGUCAGAAUGGGGGUACAAGGACUUCCACAACUCCCGGUGACGGCCUCCCACCCCCCACCAGAUAUCCACUCUACACUGAACGCAGGUAAUAGGUGCCAUUAUCGGUCACAGCAGGAGAAUUCCAAUGCGGAGGCUUUGUCUGUUGAAGCAGAUCCAGACUCCCUGUUGACCUGCUCUGUUGCGCCGGUCAGACCACGUGUUUUAACUAAUGGGGAGAUACCGAUGGUAAGAGCGGGAGCAAUAGUGAACCGGGAGAUGGUUGGUUCAUUUUCCAGGGAAGUUGAAGGUGGCAGCACUUGCCAAGAUGGGUUGUUGACCAUGAACAGUCGAAGAGAUGGAUUGCUUGUUAAAAGGAAAUGGACUGGAAAUGGGUUAACGGAGAAUGGGGUUAUGGCACUGGAGAGUGGACCGUCUGUAUUCUCUCCUAUGGAGGGCAAGAGAUGGAAAUCUGAGGUACAUCCUGAUACCCAGGCCCAGCAGGAUCCUAGCUGCAGAAGAGAGGCACACCAUACCACAAAUCCUCAGUGGAACAGCACUUCGAUAGUAUCUGACGAAAAAUUGGCCUUAGACUACAUCGUUCCUUGUAUGAUGUAUUAUGGCAUUUGUGUCAAGGACCACUUUUUAGGAGAAACUUUGGGUUCUCGUGUCCUGGAUGAGGUGGAGUUACUCAACCGCAGUGGGAAGUUUAGGGAUGGACAACUUGUCAGCCAGAGAACCAUACCUUCCAAAAAUAUUCGGGGAGAUCAGAUUGCCUGGGUUGAAGGGAAGGAGCCCGGCUGUGAGAACAUUGGAACCCUUAUGUCCAGGAUCGACAAGGUUAUCAUGCACUGCAGCGGGAAACUGGGCAGCCAUAUCAUCAAUGGCAGAACCAAGGCAAUGGUCGCUUGUUAUCCGGGUAAUGGUAUGGGCUAUGUACGACACGUAGAUAAUCCAAACAGGGAUGGACGCUGCUUAACAUGCAUUUACUACCUAAAUCAGAGCUGGGACACAAAGGCCCAUGGGGGACUCCUGCAGAUCUUUCCAGAAGGCCGUUCCGUUGUAGCCAAUAUUGAGCCAUUAUUUGACCGGUUAUUGAUUUUCUGGUCUGAUCGCCGCAAUCCUCAUGAAGUGAAGCCGGCCUACGCCAUGCGUUAUGCCAUCACCGUCUGGUAUUUUGAUGCACAGGAACGAUCGGAGGCCAAAGACAAAUACAGACUAGCCAGUGGACAGAAGGGAAUCCAUGUUCCGGUAUCCCACCCUGGAGCGGUGUGACAGCGGGGUCAGGAGCCUCCUAGUGGUUGUUCUGUAGGAGCCACAAAGAUACGAUCAUCCUGGCAAAAGAUGGGACUCCAGUCACCAGGCAGAACCAGAAUUCUUUCCAACCACCUGGCUGGAAGUUUAGGUGAUUCUCCACCUUCUCAUGACCUGCAUUGGGAAGAACCCCAUCGACACCGGAUCAACCUCUUUCCUGAAAUGUGAAUGAAUAUAUAUAUAUGUGUGUAUAUAUAUAUAUAUCUAUGCGGUGGCACCUAGCAUCUGCAGACAUCAUAGUAUGCAGUCGGACGUUUAAGAAUUGUUGAAUGUUCACUGAAACCUUGCACAUACACGGAGCUGAGGGCCAGAGGUGAAGCAGCGGGGGUCUGCCUAGGGGGCUUCUGCACACUUGUCCUGGCUUGUCAUGACGUCACUGUGACGGGGAAGGAGGGGAGGGGGGGAAGAUACUGAAAUGGGAUAAGCUCCGCUGGGGGGUUUGGUAAACCAUAGAUGUCAGAGACGUUUAGUGAUGAAGAUAUAGUCUUACCCUGAGGGCAAGGUGAAGAUGCAUCAGAUACGAUAAUGAGAGCGAACAAGGGACAAACAAAACAGUCUAGAAAGGGAUAAUAAGGAGCAGGGAGAGAUCAAAGGGCUUCAGAUACUGUUCUCUAUAGGAUAGUAUAUAUAAGAGACGUAUACUGUAAUUGUGUUGUGUACAAAGCCACACGUUUCUCGCUGUGGCUCCUAAAUACUGCCGCCGGAUCUUCACCCUCCUGCUUCCUGCUGCUACAAGCUCUGCUAGUUAAAGGGUUCAUUUUUGGAAAGUUCACAUUUUUUCUUUUUUUUUUUUUU